AUGUAAAUAAAAAGAAGUUCAAUUGAAUAAGGAGGAUUAGAAUAAAUUUUGGAUGGCAACAUGUCUCCAAUUGCUCUUUAAUUGGAUUUAGAGUAGGAUACUCAAUCAAUAAUGAGUAAAAACGAUACUAAAAAUAAAUUUCAACCCUUCUAAAAUGAAAGAAACUCAAUUGGGAAAUUAAUCCAAAGAACAAAAAGUAAUGACACUACCUCUAAAUUUCACUUCCUUAAAAGUCAAUAAGUAGUCUUACUUGCAAAAGGCAAAGAAACUGUACCUCAUGUUAGUCUUGCUCACCAGUUAAGCACUACUUAUUUACUGGGUCUUAAAAAAAGAGAUAUAACUCCGAUGGACAAAGCAGUCUCCUUGAGACAAAGGCUCAGAAAUUUUAAAAUCAAUCUUCAAGCUGAUUAAGGCUUCAUUAAACAGUUUAGAGAAUACAAAAAAUAGUAUAUUCCGAAAACUCAGCUAAGCAGAGCCUUCUUAACUCCUAGGAGAGAACAUUUUUAUAGAGAUACUCACACUCCUGGGCCUGGAGUCUACUCAGAUUAAUUGUUAAUCACUGAACCAGGUCAAUCUAUGGAAUUUAAUAAAAGUCCAUAAAUGAGAAAGUCUCCAUCUCCAAUUUGUUAAAGGGACUUUUAUGAUUUCCAAUUUAUGAAAAGAAAUGACAAUUCACCUGAUUUCUAGAGAACCAUAAGUAGAGAUAAGGCAUAUUAAAGAAGUAUUUUUGCUUAGAUUGAGAUUCAAAAGAAGGAGAACAUGAAACUUCAAAAAGAGGAACCUUAUGAUGAAUAAGAAAUUAACAGGGAUAUUGAGUACUUAUUGUAUCAGUAAUAAAAGUAUGGAAAAUUAAAUUAUUAGAGAAUACUUGAUAGCAAUAAUGAGAUAAAGAAGUUUGCCUAGCCAGAUGCUCUUGAUACUAAUUGGAGUAAAAUGCUAGAACGAUAUGGAUUUAAGAGGUUAAAAGGAGGGAAAAUCAAAAAGUAAAGAGUGUAAACAGCUGCAAAUGGGUGA